AUGGCGUCGCCACGCACACGGCCGUCGUCGGAGCUAGACGACGACACCAUCAUAGACGUGCUCCUCCGCCUCCCGCCGGAAGAGCCAGCGCACCUCGUCCGCGCCUCGCUCGUGUGCAAGCAGUGGCGCCGCGUCCUCUCGCACCCCGACUUCCUCCGCCUCUACGCGCGCCUCCACCGAACCCCUCCGCUGCUCGGCUUCUUCACCCUCUGCUCCUCCGACUCCCACCCCGGGCUUUGCUUCGUCCCAAUCCCAACCACGGCAGCGGGAGCGAGGUCCCCCUCCUCCUCGGUGGCCGCAGCGGCUGGGGGAGCACUCGCGAUCGACCACUGCCCUUGGCUGGUCCUCGACUGCCUCCACGGCCGCGUCCUCCCCCAGCGGCGAUACGUGGCGGACGACGCCCGCGCCUUCCUCGUCUGGGACCCCAUCACCGGCGACCGGCACGAGCUGCCCUGGCUCCGCGGUGGUGCUAGCCGUGCCGUCGUCAUCGGAGACCAGGUCUACUUGUUCCGGUUGUUCUUGGGUGACCAGAUCCUGAAAUAUGACCUGCGCAGGCACUGCUUGUCUGCGAUUGACUCGCCGGGCUUCUAUAGCAAGGAUACCGAUGUCGAGCUCAUGACAACCGAGGACGGAUUGCUUGGGCUCGCCGGCGCUAGGCGUUCUACACUUCACCUGUGGUCGAGGACGGCGAAUAAUGCAGGGUGGGAGCAGUCCAGGGUCAUAGAUCUACGGACGAUGAUGAUAUCAUCACCUGCUGGCGCUGGCAAUGACGACAAUAGUAGUAUCAUCAAUGGUGCAAAUGUGAUCGGUUUUGCUGAGGGUGUGAAGAAUGCCAUCUUCGUGGGCACAAAUGCUGGCACCUUCGUUAUCGAUCUCAAGUCAGAGCGCGCAAGGAAGAUAUGUGACACUUGGAUCGACAAUCCCGUCGUACCCUUCAUGACGUUCUACUCUCCGGGUAUGCAUGGUACAUAG